AAGAAGAUGAGAAGGAGAUAAAGAAGGAGGAAGGAAAGAGAGAUGCUGUUUACUGCCGGAGCUGUCGAGGCUGCGGCCCUCCUAUACCUCCAAUCAGAAGCAGUCAAUGUUCUCAACCAGACAGGCCAAAUAACCACAGUAAUAAAAGUACUUCAUCUCAGAACAACAUGGAAAACACACAACAAAGGUCACUGAAAGCGGACAAGCAUGUUGCCAAUACAAAAUCAAGCCCAGCUGUUCCUCAAAACCAGGAUAAAGAUCUUAAUUUGGAGACAAUAACGGAGCAGGACAUAGUUGAGCAGAAAGACUUACACAGUAACUUACUGGCUGAUGGGGCAGAAGUGUCGCUGGAGGACAUUGAGCACUGCUAUGACAUGGGCCGUGUGGUAGGAGACGGGAACUUUGCGGUGGUCAGGGAGUGCCGUGUGAGAGGCCUGGCUGAAACGUUCGCAAUGAAGAUUGUGGACAACUCAAAGCUGCAGGGACGCGGUCACAUGAUUCAGAAUGAGGUCGCUCUGCUGCGUAGUCUGGAACAUCCUCGGCUCAUCCAGCUGUUUCGUUCUCAUCACACGGACACCCAUGUUUACCUGCUGAUGGAGCUGGUGACCGGUGGAGACCUGUUUGAUGCUAUCACUCAGAGCGGCAGGUUUACUGAGCCAAGUGCUGCAUGCAUGAUCAGAGACAUCAGUCAGGCUCUGGAAUACAUCCACAGCAAGAGCAUCGCACACCGAGACAUUAAACCUGAAAACCUACUGGUACAGCGUCAUGACAAUGGAUGCUUGAAUCUGAAGUUGGCUGAUUUUGGAUUAGCCAUGGUGGUAAUGGAGCCAGUGUUCACUGUCUGUGGCACACCUACAUAUGUUGCUCCAGAGAUACUUGCUGAGAUAGGUUACGGUGUUGGAGUAGACGUUUGGGCGAUGGGUGUCAUACUGUUUGUCCUGCUGAGCGGGUUUCCUCCGUUCUGCAGUCCAGAUCGUAAUCAAGAGGAACUAUUCCGUCUCAUCCAGAAAGGAGAAGUCCACUUUCUGUCCCCUUACUGGGAUAAUGUAUCUGAGGGGGCUAAAGCUCUAGUCAGGGCUUUGCUGGAGGUCAACCCGAAAAUGCGUUUGACAGCUAGUCAAACCCUGCAGCACGACUGGCUUCAGCAUGCAACAGCACAAAAAGACCAUAAGGGGGCGAUAAAAGCCACUGGCUCCACGGCUGAGAGGCGCAACCAGCAGAAACUGAGUAGACAGGUGGAAAGUGGUGAAAAUAAGAGUGAUUCUAGCAAACCAGAAAUGUUGGCAGAGAAAUGUCAUGCAGCACAAAUUUACGAGAACAUACUAAAUAAUAAUAAUUAUGAACCAGAUAUUAACAUGCAUGACAGAGACCAGCAAAUUCAAGAGAUUCAUAACAUGACAAGCAAUCAACAAAAUGCAGAAGACACCACCACGAACAAGCAAUAUACCACAGAUCAGCACAAACCUGAGAAACCAGCACAGCAAGAAGACACUGACACAAAACAAGAGUGACCUGCUGAGAAAUUAGUUAGUUAGCGGGCAGUGAAGACCGGAGAAGCCGCAGCAUAAACAAGUGACUAGAAGAAACCAAUGAUAUAUGAAAAGACUAAAAGAGUCAGAACUAAACAAGCCAUGUAAAACAUAAAGUUAUGAACACCUGAGAAAAAAGAAAAAACAUAAACAAAAUACUCCAUAGUAAAUAACAUCUAGUGUCUUCUCAUACUCUCAAACCUACACGUAUACUCUUAGCACUGAUUCUGACUGAGAAUUCACUGUUUUUAUCCUGAUCACCAGGCCCUGGUGAAAUCUGCACUCAUUAUGGAGGGAAAUCUGCUGAAUGAGUGUAAAUAUGGUUAAAUGUAUUCAAAAGCGCUUAUAGUGCACUCUUCUUGGCAGCUUAAUGUAUAAUCCAAUAUUUAAAAAACAAAUUUGAAUUUCAGAAUUCUGUAUAAAUUCUGUGUGUGCUUACAGGUCACUAAUGAAAUGAUCUGGGGCAUUUAAGUAACAAUUAUUACGAGACAUUAUUUACUGACUACAGGCAGUAGUAAGGACAAUUUAUGUUGUAUUGUUGUUUUUGUAUGUAAAAACCUCUGAUUAUUCUGUAUUUCAUCUUAAUCUGUGUUAUUUUAAAAG